GAACCACACAAGGAGGCAGAGGGGUAGAGUGGUUAAAAAUGCAGGCGCUACUACUUUCUGGAGGUGUGAUCCUGGACAAGAGCCCCUGUGUCCCUAUCUGUAAAUGGAGAUGAUAAAACACUCCUCAAAGGGCCUCCGUAAAGAUCACAGGAAACAAAGCAUGGACAACGUGCCUGGCACGAAGGAGGGCUUGGUAAGUGGAGGCAAGUCUGAGUGCCAGAGCCUUAAAACCAUGGACUCUUAGGUUUGAAGGAAAUCAAAAUAUUCCUCUCUAAAAACCUGCAGAUUUUAGUUAAAGGUAAAAGGUUAAAACCCAGGGGCACCCUCUGCCCCUUCUCUCUGUCUUGAUCAGCUCAGAAGCAGAGCUCAGAGGAUCCUGGAUCAGACUUGACUCUUCCCAUACAUUCACCUUCCCACAUUUCCAGCCCUUUGGAACCCUGAAGAUAUCCUCUUCUCUGUCCUGUCACUCUAUGGGACUUACGGCUCUUUGUUAAAAUACUAUUUAAGCAAGGCCCCUAAGCCACUGCCUUGAGAGAGAAAUACUUCUCAACUGAGGCCUCUACUGCAUAAUGGGUACAGCAUGUGUUAAUCAACUUUGGCUGAUUUUUCUUUUGUUAAGUUGACUUUUGUUUCCAGGGGAGCGUGUCAACUAAGAACCUAAACAGGGAAAGAAAAGAAAUGUUUUCACCCCUGCACGUCGUCCAAACUUCCUCCUGCGUGUUUGAGACGACAUAACGGAGGCCAGAGAAGAGGACUUGUCUGAGCUCACCGAGGGUGCACAGCCCCUUUCUGCACCCACUCAUCUGUGGAUGAGAAGGGGAGACAAACAAAGGUGUCUUCUGUUUCAAAGUGCUUUCCUGUCUAGGGAGUGGACAUUUGCCUGUUUCUUGAAACAUUCAAAGAGCCUUAUGAAUCCAAAGGCCUGCCCAGAAACAAGUGAUGAGGGCCCUGGGCAGCCAAUGGGAUCGUGCUGGCCUUUCUACCUGCCUGGGGAGCCCCCCCCCCCGCCCCACAUCCUGCCCCGCAAAAGGCAGCUUCACCAAAGUGGGGUAUUUCCAGCCUUUGUAGCUUUCACUUCCACAUCUACCAAGUGGGCGGAGUGGCCUUCUGUGGACGAAUCAGAUUCCUCUCCAGCACCGACUUUAAGAGGCGAGCCAGGGGGUCAGGGUCCCAGAUGCACAGGCGGAGAAGCAGGAGCUGUCGGGAAGAUCAGAAGCCAGUCAUGGAUGACCAGCGCGACCUUAUCUCCAACAAUGAGCAACUGCCCAUGCUGGGCCGGCGCCCUGGGGCCCCGGAGAGCAAGUGCAGCCGCGGAGCCCUGUACACAGGCUUUUCCAUCCUGGUGACUCUGCUCCUGGCUGGCCAGGCCACCACCGCCUACUUCCUGUACCAGCAGCAGGGCCGGCUGGACAAACUGACAGUCACCUCCCAGAACCUGCAGCUGGAGAACCUGCGCAUGAAGCUUCCCAAGCCUCCCAAGCCUGUGAGCAAGAUGCGCAUGGCCACCCCGCUGCUGAUGCAGGCGCUGCCCAUGGGAGCCCUGCCCCAGGGGCCCAUGCAGAAUGCCACCAAGUAUGGCAACAUGACAGAGGACCAUGUGAUGCACCUGCUCCAGAAUGCUGACCCCCUGAAGGUGUACCCGCCACUGAAGGGGAGCUUCCCGGAGAACCUGAGACACCUUAAGAACACCAUGGAGACCAUAGACUGGAAGGUCUUCGAGAGCUGGAUGCACCAUUGGCUCCUGUUUGAAAUGAGCAGGCACUCCUUGGAGCAAAAGCCCACUGAGGCUCCACCGAAAGUACUGACCAAGUGCCAGGAAGAGGUCAGCCACAUCCCUGCUGUCCACCCGGGUUCAUUCAGGCCCAAGUGCGACGAGAACGGCAACUAUCUGCCACUCCAGUGCUAUGGGAGCAUCGGCUACUGCUGGUGUGUCUUCCCCAACGGCACGGAGGUCCCCAACACCAGAAGCCGCGGGCACCAUAACUGCAGUGAGUCACUGGAACUGGAGGACCCAUCUUCUGGGCUGGGUGUGACCAAGCAGGAUCUGGGCCCAGUCCCCAUGUGAGAGCAGCAGAGGCGGUCUUCAACAUCCUGCUGGCCCCGCACAGCUACAGCUUUCUUGCUCCCUUCAGCCCCCAGCCCCUCCCCCAUCUCCCACCCUGUACCUCAUCCCAUGAGACCCUGGUGCCUGGCUCUUUUGUCACCCUUGGACAAGACAAACCAAGUCGGAACAGCAGAUAACAAUGCAGCAAGGCCGUGCUGCCCAAGCUCCAUCUGUCAACAGGGGCGUGAGGUCCCAGGAGGUGGCCAAAAGCUAGACAGAUCCCCGUUCCUGACAUCACAGCAGCCUCCAACACGAGGCUCCAAUAUCUAGGCUCAUGGACGAGAUGGGAAGGCACAGGGAGAACGGAUAACCCUACACCCAGACCCCAGGCUGGACAGGCUGACUGUCCUCUCCCCUCUGGCCUUUGGCCUUGGAUUUUCUAGCCUAUUUACCUGCAGGCUGAGCCACUCUCUUCCCUUUCCCCAGCAUCACUCCCCAAGGAAGAGCCAAGAUUUUCCACCCAUAAUCCUUUCUGCCGACUCCUAGUUCCCUCUGCUCAGCCAAGCUUGUUAUCAGCUCUCAGGGCUAUGGUUCACGUUAGAAUAAAAGGUAGUAAUUAGAA